UUAUUCUCCGCUUUAGGGUUUCGAUGCUACACUACUGAAUAGAUAGAAACCACAUCCAAAAGCGGCCGCUGGCGGGAGGAAAACCAUGGCUACUCAGAUGAGCAAAAAGCGAAAGUUUGUAGCGGAUGGAGUUUUCUUUGCGGAAUUAAACGAAGUGCUGACUCGAGAACUGGCCGAGGAUGGGUACUCUGGUGUGGAGGUUCGAGUAACUCCUAUGCGUACUGAGAUCAUUAUUCGUGCUACUCGUACCCAAAACGUUCUUGGAGAGAAGGGCAGGAGGAUUAGAGAACUGACUUCAGUUGUUCAGAAGCGUUUUAAGUUUCCAGAGAACAGCGUGGAACUUUAUGCCGAGAAAGUUAACAACAGGGGUCUUUGUGCCAUUGCUCAGGCAGAGUCAUUACGAUACAAGCUACUUGGAGGUCUUGCUGUUCGGAGGGCUUGCUAUGGUGUCGUAAGGUUUGUCAUUGAGAAUGGGGCAAAGGGAUGUGAGGUUAUUGUAAGUGGAAAGCUCCGUGCACAGCGUGCCAAGUCCAUGAAGUUCAAGGAUGGGUACAUGAUAUCCUCGGGUCAGCCUGUCAAGGAGUAUAUUGAUUCAGCCGUGCGCCAUGUUCUACUUAGACAGGGUGUGAUUGGUAUUAAAGUCAAAAUUAUGCUCGAGUGGGAUCCCAAGGGCAAGCAAGGGCCAACUACACCUUUACCUGAUGUGGUUACUAUUCACCCUCCCAAGGAAGAAGACUACGUUCCUCAGACUGAGUACGUGCACGCUCCUCAGACUGCAGUCGCACCAGUUGAAGUCGCAUAAAACCUUCAAGAUUUUAUUUACCCGAAGAUGUCUUAUAUUUUGUGGUGACUAGCAUUGUUUCUGUACUCUGCUCUCUGUCGAAUACUACUAGAUAGUACGAGGCAUUGUUUCCAAGUUUCUAUUUUGACUUUUAAUCAUUUAAUUUUGUUCGCCCCGCUUUUUAUGAUAAACUUCAGCUUUACAUUGUGAUAGGCACUUCUUGUUUUGCUUAAUUAUAGUGCCAGAUUAAUAAUCCAAAUUUGGUUAUUAGAUUGCAAAUUUUUGUUUGA